AUGGCCCCGAAUCGUGGCGCCGGCAAGGAGGAGGUUUAUGUCCACGGGAUCGACCGAACCCCCGAGUAUGAAGAAUUUAUCCGAAAGCUUACCGCUUUUCAUGAGAAACGCGGCACAUCGCUCGAGCCCGAACCAAGACUCCCCACUAUGUACGGCCAUGUGAACGUUGACCUUUUCAAGCUCUAUAAAGAGGUCAUCGCAAGAGGAGGCUAUGAUGAGCUGAAUAAAGUUCAGAAGGCUUGGGGCGCUCUAGCGGCGGACUUAGGCAUGCAUCAGAACGAUAGCAAGGGAAUAGGGCAGCUUUCAUUCCAGCUGAAGCAGGACUUCUACCGAUACCUGGCUGCCUACUGGGUACAAGACCAUUACGGCAGGGACCCUCCGCCCAAAGAGAUCCUAGAGCACCAAUCCUGUGCCAGCAAGUUUGGACCCGUAUUGACCCGCACUGUCGAGAACUUCAAGGCUUCUGCCGGUCGCUCUGGAGUAGAGACACCUACUCGAGAUGAGCGUCAGGGAGAAGGCACUCCAGUCUCGGGAAACAGAGCUUCCGGUCGUCUUCGUGAAGCUCCUGCCCAAAGAGUUCCUUUUCAGCCUGAGACCGGCCCGAGUCGCCAGCCUCGACAAGCUUCUUCUCAACAUGCGACCCCUACGGCUAACACCAAUACAUCUCAUAAUCCCAACACCCCGCAUACCCAGCGUCCCAAUCAUCACCUUCCUCAACACCAUAGUUCUAAUAACCCUCUACACCUAAUCCAGGCUCAUCAAGCAGCUGUCGUCCGCGGCGCCUCGAGCGCCUUUACUCCUACGAACCCAGAAACCUCGUCACGUCUAGCCGAGGUGUUUGAGCCCCGUGCUCCUAUAACCGUCCCUCUUCGUCCCGUAAGCACCCCGGGAAGCAACCCCGAAUUCGCCAAGCGACAACGUCAGGCACGUUUGGCUGCGGGCUUGCCGGAUGCCGAGCAGCCUGUUCGUCAAUUUAUCCCGGGCGUGAGUUUCGAAGGACCCAAUAUUUAUAUGCGUUGCCUUCAAGCCCUCCGCUCGGGGAUCCCCGCGGAACAGUCAUUUGCGCUUAACCAUCUCGUUAAGAUAUCAUUUGAACGAGGCGAUAAGUACAAGUUUGAAUCCUUCCUAGGAUUGGCUGAAGGCCUAAUCGAGAAGGCCCUUGAGAUUAGUAGUCUCUUCUACCACAUUAGAUGGGAGGUUGCUUAUUUCGUUGAUCCAGACAACUCUGAUAUUGCCGUUCUCGAUGGGUUCAAUGGAACGAGUGAUAUCCUGGAACGAAUCGCGAAACUCAAGCCGAAGUCAGUUCUUGACUAUAUGCAAUCGGCAGAGUUUAGCGAUCGUCUAUUACGAAUUACUGAGGCUGUUCUAACCAUCCGUAAUAUGGUCAUGUUGGUGGAGAACGCCAUCUUCAUGGCAGACAUGAAUUCCCUGAAAGAUCUGUUGUGCAUCAUCCUUCACCUCCCGAAUCUCGAGAUGCUCGUUGAGAUCAAGCACUUUGCUCUGGACACUGCCGAGCAGCUUACCCCAUGGCUCGUCUUAGACUCCAACGAUCCGCUGUAUCGAACACUAUUGUCUCAGCUGAACUCAACGGACCGAGGCACGAUUCUAACAUCUCUUCGCGCUAUCAGCCGGAUCUCCAUGAACUUAGAAGCAACAAAUCAGAUGCAGAACGUCCCCACUGUUGUCCUUCAGAACAUCAUGAAUUGGCUUUUACUCAACGACGAGGAACUCAUGGAUGCUUGCUUGGACUUCCUUUACCAAUAUACGGCUGUAGUAGCCAACGUCGAGUCCCUACUGAAGGCCGUUAACAUGGAGCAUGUAGUUCCACAUCUCGUGAGACUCUUGGCCCACGGUGCCAAGCGAGUUAGAGAGGACAGAGUCCUGGAACCCGAACGUAAGGCCCCGGCUUCCGAAGAGGUAGCACCAUUGCCGCCUGAUCUUCAGGAGACACUGACAGGCACGGAUGAACCUCACCGAUGCUAUCAGUGGCUUAAAAGCCUUUUCGAAGAGGACUCCGAAUCUCAUAUCACGCAAAUUGCUAUUUGGCAAGCGUAUCAAAGCUCGUUUGGUGCUUUGGCUGGUGCGGCCGGCGCCCCGAGGAACGUGCUUAGCGCAGCGGACUUUAUAAGAAAUGUUAGUUCCGUCUUUGCUAACGCAAGAGCUCAAAUCAUCAGGCGCCAGCACCUCGAUCAGGCAGAUCUUUUCAUAAUAGAAGGCAUUCGGGCAAGGCCAGUACCGGUACAGCCUGACACGAAGCAGGAAUACUCUGCGUGCCAGUGGGCGGUAACCAAAGGCCCAUACCUUAAGAAGUGUAAUCGCUUCUUCCUCGGAGGGGACAAAAUGUGGCAUCACGUCUUAACGGCUCAUCUCGGCGUUACUUUGGGCGAAAAUGGUAAAUUCGAGGACAAAGAUGUAAACGCGUCUUGCGACUGGCAGGACUGCACGAAGUAUCCGAAUCCUACUCAAACGAAACUAUCAGAAUUUGCAAGCCAUCUCAAGACACACCUUCUCCCUGUCAGACGACCAAUAAAGGCCUAUAUCACUCCAGCGAAGACUAUGAGCCUCGCUUGGGAACAGACCAUCUCUACAAGAGAUGAGCGGAACCCCAAGCUUGAGCAGGCGGCUGGGAUUCCGUUGAGCGCUGUGCUGGUUUUACGUAACAUUGCACGCAACGUAGUUAAGACGGAGUCAGAGGAGCAACUACUUAAGCAACAUGAGAUGGGAGGCGAGGGCGGCGGAUGGAACGAGAAGCUUUUCCGCCCUGUCAUGGCACGCUUGUACGAGGUCAUGACGGAGAAUAAGGCUUUGGCCGACUACAUCACGUCACUCCUACAGUUGGUACAAGGUGACUAG